AUGGACUCCAUGGAUUAUAAUUACUUUGCAUCUGCCGCCUCACAGCCAUAUCAGUAUUUCGGCUUUGGCACAGACACUGGUCUUCUGCCAGGCACCAGCAAUGAUGGGUCCCUACCGACUCCCAGCCUUGAGAACCCUCUUGACGCGAACGCUUUCCUACCGAAUAACUUCGACUACGGCGCAUUCGAUGCGUCGCUCAACCAUGACACCGGUCUCACGCCUAUGCAGCCUGACUCUGGCUCACCUGUACCACACCAGCUAUCGCUCCUUCCAAAUGGCUCGGUCGACAGCGGCAUAGCUCUCGACAUGGACCAUGAGCAGCAGGAGCAGUUGGAUGAAAGACGGGGCAGCAGUGAGGAGAAGGACAACAUGAACCCUGCACAGUCAAGGAGAAAAGCGCAGAAUCGAGCGGCUCAACGAGCUUUCCGAGAAAGGAAGGAACGACAUGUGCGGGACCUCGAAGCUAAACUCAAUCUGCUCACCACAACGACCACAUCUCUACAAUCAGACAACGAACGACUCAAGCUCAUGCUACAAAGGGCACAAACUGAGAACGAGAUCCUCAGAGCUACCGCAGCUGUGUCUCCGACGUUGAGCCACCCACCGGGUUUCGUGGACGAUCCGACAUUACUACCACCAUCACGUCAAUUAAAACGAUCAUCAGCCAUUGCGGAACCUUUCUUCGACACCUCUCGGCUGGCGAGCGGUCUUCUCUCUCCAUCCGGCACAAUAUCGCCCACAAGGCAUGGUAGCUUAAGUAGUACUGACAGUCAACUUCUGUCUGCAAGUGCCACCUGGGAUUUGCUACAAUCACAUCCAUUGUACCUCACUGGUGCGGUAGACAUCGGUGAGGUGUGUGAGCGGCUCAAGAAGAUGGCAAAGUGUGAUGGUAUGGGACCCAUGUUUGAGGAAGAAGAAGUUCGGAAGGUCAUUGAGGAGGUCGGUCGAAGUGGUGGUGAUGGACUACUUUGA